AUGGAUAAGAGUCGACAAAACUCGACCAACACGGUCGAUCGCGAAAAAGACGAAAUUAAAAAUGCCAUGGGCCACGAAAAGCCCGAAUUCGAAGCACUGGAAGUCGCUAAGCAUGGCGGUCGAGAAGUCGACGACCUCAUCUCCGACAUGGAGCGUCAACUCGAAGAAGCUGGUGGUUUAGAAACUGGUUUCUUCCAAGUCCAGUUCAAGAACCCCAAGCACUUUACAUGGCUUCUUGUCGCUUUCGCCUCCAUGGGUGGUCUCCUCUCUGGUCUUGAUCAGUCCCUCAUCUCUGGUGCCAACCUUUUCUUGCCCGAUGACUUGGGUUUGAAUUCGAGGGAGAAUUCGCUUGUUAACUCUGGUAUGCCGCUUGGUGCUGUUGGUGGUGCGCUUUUGCUGUCGCCUGCCAAUGAGUACUUUGGACGAAAGGGUGCUAUUAUUAUUUCUAUUAUUCUUUAUACUAUUGGUGCUGCUCUUGAGGCUGGUUCCAUCAACUUUGGUAUGAUUGUCGCUUCUCGUGUCAUUCUCGGUCUCGGAGUCGGUCUCGAGGGUGGUACCGUCCCCGUCUACGUCGCCGAAACAGUCGAGCGCAAGAUCCGUGGAAACUUGGUCUCCCUCUACCAAUUCAACAUCGCCCUCGGUGAAGUCCUAGGCUACGCCGUCGGCGCAAUCUUCCUCAAGGUGCCCGGCAACUGGCGCUACAUCCUCGGCUCAUCCCUCGUCUUCUCCACCAUCAUGUUCUUCGGCAUGCUGUUCCUUCCCGAGUCCCCCCGUUUCCUCAUCCACCAAAAGAAGCAUUUCGACGCUUACAAGGUGUGGAAGCGCAUCCGUGGUAUCGAGGAGCGAGAGUCUCGAGAGGAGUUCUACGUCAUGAGUGCUUCUGUCAUUAAUGAGGAGGCUGCUGUUAGGGAGGGUGCCAAGAACGCUCGUUUCCCUUGGAUGGAUUUCUUCACUGAGCCUCGUGCUCGACGUGCGCUUGUUUAUGCCAACAUUAUGAUUCUGCUGGGUCAGUUGACUGGUGUUAACGCUAUCAUGUACUACAUGUCUGUUCUCAUGAACCAGAUUGGUUUUGACGAGUACAAGGCUAACUACAUGUCUCUUGUCGGUGGUGGAUCUCUCCUCAUUGGUACCAUUCCUGCCAUCUUCCUCAUGGAGCGCUUCGGCCGACGAUUCUGGGCUAUUACUAUGCUUCCCGGUUUCUUCAUGGGUCUUGUUCUAAUUGGUAUCAGCUACCAAUUUGACGUCAAGACUCAGCUUAUGACUGUCGAAGGACUCUACCUCACCGGUCUGAUUGUCUACAUGGGUUUCUUCGGAUCCUACGCCUGUCUCACCUGGGUCGUUCCCUCAGAGGUCUAUCCCACUUACCUCCGAUCUUAUGGAAUGACCACAUCCGACGCUCUUCUCUUCCUCGCCUCUUUCGUCGUCACCUACAACUUCUCUGCCAUGCAGGAGAGCAUGGGCAAGACCGGUCUCGCUCUUGGUUUCUACGGCGGUAUUGCUUUCGUUGGUGAGAUCUACCAGAUCUUCUUUAUGCCUGAGACCAAGAACAAAACUCUUGAGGAGAUUGAUGUUGUGUUCUCAAGACCUACUAGGGAUAUUGUCCGGGAGAACUGGGCUGGUGUUAAGGAGACUACUUACCUUCUCUGCACUGGAAAGUGGCACAAGGUGUUUGUUGAGCAGGCUAUGCAUGACCCUAAGGACAACAUUCCUGUUUCUCAUGCUUAA